AUGCCUCUCCUACCUCUGACCAAGGGACUAAAGAAGGCAGCGAAGAGAGCCGCCAAGAAACAAGGUGCAUCAGCUACUAAGGAGGCUCCUCCGAGUAACGUAAAGUAUACACUAGUCGGUACUAUUGAGCCUGAGCGGUUCGACACGCCCGCCAUUCCAUUCGUACCUACCCAGGACAGCGCAACAUCGACACGGAAUGUUAUUGUUUCCACUUCUCAGCACUCCAGCCUUAUGUCGCCUGGAGAUUUCGACGCUGCUCCAUCUAUAUCAACUACCUUACAGCAGGUACCGCCAUCGAGCACUGAUGUCGCUCAGUCUCAGUCCUCAGUUCCUCCGCCUACGUUAUCCGCACUGCCUCUAGAGUCCCUGGGCAGCUUCAACGAUAGCUUCACCUUCACAGCUCCCACUGGCGUUGCUACAUUUGGUGAACGCUCAAACACCAUUGACGUUUUCAACCACGAGUGUGGAUCUUCUUUCCCCCAGGAUGUUGAGGACAUUGAGUAUGAAGGUCCAAGAUCAUUGGCUUUCCGCGAAGCCUUCGUGAAAGAGCUAGGUAGCCCUACUUUUACGACCGCCGCAGCAUCAAGCAAAGCUUUCAAGGAAGCGUUAUCACAAAAAUCGGAUGCGACAGAGUCAUCGAUCUUUACGCGGCUCGGAGAUGCCACGACUGCCAACGCCCCUGCACCUGUAUACACAUCCAAGUUUCCAUUCACAGCUGCUGAUAGCCAGAAAAAGACGAAAGUACCGUCGGAGGAUACACAUCAGGAGCGGGCGCUUGUGCCGUACUACACACCCCAGCAAAUUGGCCGUGCUAUAUACCACGAAGUGGAUCAAGGUCUCGACGAGACCAACACUAAUCUGUCACUUGAAAGCAUACUUCGUAGUCGGAUGUUCUUAGCGAGCGCGGAUGGUGUGAUCCAAUGCAUCGCGUACGACCAGCUUCUACACGACGUGGAAACCAUCAAGGAUGACGGCGGAUCAGACUUCGACUCGGUCGCAUCUCCGAACAAAAGCUACCUUGACGGUCUGGGUGACGCGCAUGAUGAGAGGUCCCAGAGUAUUGACAGUCGCGUUGAGGCCGCUCCGUCAGACCUCGGCAUCCGCGACAGGCUUCACGAUGUUGAGGUCAGUGAGGAGCUGGAGAGCCUCGAAGUACCCGGUCGGUGUCUACAACCUACACCCAAGUAUAGUUUCGAUCGCGAAGAGCGCUCGAGCAAUGCGGACGGUUCGAAUACCGGUUCGGACGAGGCUGCAUCGGUCAGUAUCGAGAAGUGCGAAGUUGUUGCGACGCAGCAAGGAAGCCUCGAAUCAACCACACGCUCAGGCAGCAAAAAAGAGCUUCGCGACGCACCACUGAGCGAGCUCUCCAUUGGAGAGCUUGCGGAGACAGCGUCGACUAGCCCUCAAGUACCUGUAGCUUCCAACUAUGAUCCCGAUGUGAGUGUAAUGCGUCUCGGUACGGAGCCCCUCUCCUCCUACAUUGAAGUCAUGGAGGCCGAGGAGAGCGGCAAGGUUACUCGGAAUGCCGUGGUGACCGCGUUCCUAAAGUUCGUCAAUAUCGAGCGAAAGAAGCGAGGGGUUCAUACUCUACCGUCAUUAUACACAGCACAAAGUGUGCUGAGCAGUAGCAUUCUUCAGCACACAGUAAAGCUUGGUACAACAACUGUUGCAUCAUUUGUUGCACAGCUGUGCUUCGAUGCGAAGGACGAGGUCACGGUCAUCGAAUUGUGUGCGGCUUGGGACCGAUUGGGUCGUGAGGAAAUGCAACAGCAACAGGCCGCUUCUGGAGGCAUCGUGGGCGUGUUGCGAAGCGCUCUGGCAGGCUCACAUGAGACUGCGAGCUCGGAUAGACCAUGUCUCAACAAGUGA